UGAACAGGCCCAGGCUUUUCAUAAAUCUCGAUCUCUACUAUUUAUUUUUCAAUUUAGAUUUAAUUUUUUAUUCAUUUUUCUUUCUUCUUUCUUUUUUAAUUUCAACAUGUUCCACAUCUUUUACGUUAAUCAAGGUUAUAUGUUAAUGCUUGAACCGCCAACACUUGGUUCUGUUUUUGAUUUGCAAAAAUCAAUAGAAAAAUCGACGGGAAUUGGAAUCGAUAAUCAAUUAUUAUUUCUUUCUGAUGGAGGUUCUCUAAUUGGCUCAACAAUGCUUUCUUCAAUAACUGGGGUUGGAACUGAUACAAAUCCAAUAUUUCUUGUCAGAAGAGUAACGAAUAAUGGUAGAGAAUUGGUGAAGGAAAAUUUGGAAGGAAUUAAUGAACUUUUUAGAGGUUGGAGCUCUGAGAUGGACCGUCUAAACAGGAUAAGCACAACCUCCUCUUCUGCUAUUACAGAGUGUAUAGAAUUGGCAAAAAAGUGCAAUAAUGUUGCGGAAACAAUUAUUCGGUUUUGUAGCAAUUUAAUUUCUGAACAUCAUUACUUGCAUCAGGGUUGGAAGGCAGUCAUCGCAAAUUUAGAUGACAGCAUUUCUCGCACCCAAAAAUACCUUCAACGCUCUAAAAGACAGGCAGAAAAGUUGGAAAUUAUCCGGACAAAAGGACGCGUUCUCUUGGGAGAUUUUGACAAUGUUAUUGAAGUUCUUUCAAAGAUAACGAUCCCUUCCUCUCUCCUUUCACCACCUCCAGCACAGCAAUUAACUCCUUCCUCUCCUGACAGUGAUACAAAUUCAACAACUUUCACCUCCUCUGAAGAAAUAACUUUAUUUGAUUGGCUUUCAUCUAAAGACCCAGCUUAUUCUCUAAAUUCUUUAUCCCAAUUAAUGCUCGAUCAUUUGGAGAAAACGGAUGAUACUGAUUUAAUAGAAGCUACAUCUUUCUUUACAAUCGUUCAAGGGGUUUCUACAAAAGCACAAUAUCGAGAAAUUGGAGGGAUUGAUAAAAGAUUGACUACUUUGAGGAGUAAAUUUCAACAUCUGGAAGGAAUUCUCGCACAAGUACGCGAAAUUUCCAACAGAAUUAUUCAACCAAUAAUUCAAGAUAGCACACAAAACAUUGCAAAUUGGCAAAAACAACGCCUAAAUGAAUUAAAACAACCACUUAAACAUAUUUACGAUUUUGCAAUUUCUUUUAUUGAUUCAAAAGAGGAAGUCGUUAAAAAUAUUUCUCAACGAUUUUCUACUUGGGUUAGACAGGCUUAUGAAAGAUUGGACAGGGCAAACAAGAAAUUGGUUGUAUUUGAGGAAAAAUAUUCUGGAUUGCGACAAAGAUUGGAUCUUGUACGACAGAUUAAAGAAGCACCAAAUAUUUAUAUGUUAGCAGUUCCAGAAGUUAUAAGAAGGGAAGAGCUGAGAAAGGAAUUUUCUGGUUGGAUUACUACUCACAUAGAUAAAUGUUCAGCUUUUAUUGCCGAAGAGAAUCGUAUUCGAGAACAAUUCCAAAACAAAUUGGAUAAACAUUUUUUGUGUCAAUUAUUCCCUGGAAUGAGUGACAGAAUUCCACAAUUUACAUCAACUACGCCUCCAAAAAUAGAUCAAUGCCUUCCAAAAAUAUCAAGUAAACACUUGAGUGAACUUAGAAAGAUUUUCCCUCACAUGAAAGAUGUAUUAAUUGUUGGUGCUCCAAGAAUUUUUCAACGUUUAUCAGUUUUUGAUUUUUCCCAAUCUCAAAAUCAACAAGUUAUGAUAUCUCAAAUACGUCGAGACCAGAGUUUUUAUGACCGGGAUAGAAUGUCAAACAUUGAUGCUAUGAAAUUGAAUUUUAAUACUUCAACAAAUUGGUUAAGUGAGGAACCUAUUGAUAUUGUCUCACCGUCUGGAGGUCAUGCAUUUCUUACUUUAACUCGGGAAGGUUCAAGUUUUGCUUCCAAUACUUCUUUAAAUUCAAUUGGUGCAAAUAUAAUGACAGAAUCUCCUCCACGCGGUUUAUGUCACUAUACGGGACAACCCCAAUUUGCAUUGACAUAUAAUAACAGCUCAAGCACUAUCGUUGCUAAUGAUAAACGUGAAUCAAUGUCUCCACUCCAACCAAGUGCUCCAAUUGCAAUUCCAACAAACAAUAAUAAUAAUGAGACUCGUGGUGAUGAACAACAAAAGGAUGAUUCAAUAGGUUCUAACAAUUUCAGCACACCCGAUGAAUUUAGUAGUUUUGGGUUGAUUAAUGAACAUAAUCGCUUUAUUACAACGGUUAACAAUGCUAGAGCUACACUUCCGAACUACUCGCCUUUCCGUUCAUCCCCUAAAAUUACUCGACCACUUUCUCUUGUUAGAGCUCAAUGUGCUAAUCAACCAGCGUUGGUGGAAGAGGUGGCGAAAGACGAAUUUAAUCGUAAAGUUGAAUUGGAAAAAGUUUCUGAUGUUGGGAUGAAGACAAAAUUGGAAAAUGUACAAAAACAAAUGAAGGAACUUGUUGAGGAUCUAAAUUCUCUCCGCGAAGCUGGAAAAGAAUUACAACAAACUAGCUUUAAUGAAGAAAAUAUUUCUUUGUUUUCAAAAGAAAUUCUUCAAUCUAUCCAAUCUUUGAUAAAACAAAGCUCUUUGAAAGCUGUAGAAGAAUUUAAGCUGAAAAUGGAAAAAGAAAAUGAAGAACGACUGAAAGAGAUGGAAACGAAAAUGAAUGAAAAAAUUGUUGAAAUUGAAGAAAAAUUUGAGGUUUUUUUUGAAUUUUAA